AUGGAAGACAAGCAACGGAGAUGGCGACGACAAAGACGAAGAAGACAAGAAGAAGAUGAGAAGAAGAAUAAGAAUAAGAAGAAUAAGACGAGAAAGACGAGACGAAGCGAUGUCGACUUCGCCUCCAAGCCGUCUGUCUACCCUACAGGACUACUCGCUAUCUCCUACCUACGCCCAACAACGCCGCCGCUGGUGGCACGACCAAACCUCCAGCCGCUAGAGGAGGUCCCGUGUGCCCUUGCUGCUAUUAAUUAUUUCGCUUGGGAGGCUGGCGGACUAGUUGGAGGUCCGCAGCAGCGUCUGUGUCUGUGA